CCUUCUUCCGUUUACGACCUGCUCAUUGUCAACGGCGGCGAUGAGACAUGUCCAGCGGCGACUUGCGAGCACGGCAGCCAGGGUGCUGACCGUUGCGCCCUCCCAACUCCCUCGUUUCCCUCCGAAGGACGCCAUCUUCGAGAACCGCGCCGUCCCCAAGCCGCCAUUUCAGCCGGAGACGUGGGCGGCGGCCCAGCCGCCCCCACGCACCGCCCUCUCCGCCUUCGCCCACAGAGUGGGACUGGGCAAUGUGUUGACGACGCCGGAGCUGGUGCAGCAAGCGUGCACGCACGCGUCGUUCGUCGCGCUGCAGAAGGAGGUCAACCCGAAUGCGCCGGCACCCGCGACGAACGCGCAGCUGGAGCAGGUCGGGAAUGCGCUUAUGGGCUUGUUCGCGAGCGAGUACCUUGCCGCGAAGUACCCCUACCUGCCGACGAAGGUCCUCAAGGCGGCGGUCACCGCGCACGUCGGCCCGCUCACCUGCGCGAAUGUUGCACAAGAGAUGGGCGCGACGCAGCUUUUGCGGUGGAACAGGACAAUUUCCAGGAACCCCUCCCACCCGCAGGUCAUGCUGCACACCGACGCCCUCGCCUCCAUCCCGCGCGCCCUCACCGCACUCAUCUACCAAAAGCGCUCCCUUCCGGCUGCCCGACAGUUCGUGCACUCCUUCUUCCUCUCCCGUCAGGUCGACUUGCGCUCCAUGCUUAAAUUCCGGAAUCCGAAGUGGGCGCUGCUGCAGCUCGUACGCAAGUUCGAUCGCGAGAGACCGGUGUCUAGACUAUUGAAGGAGACGGGCCGCUUCUCAAAUAGCCCCGUAUACCUCGUCGGCGUCUUCUCUGGGGAGGAGCAGAUAGGGGAGGGCUUUGGAAGCUCGUUGAAGAUGGCGGAGUACAGGGCUGCCGAGGAUGCACUGCUUCGCGUCUACCUCACGCAACGACCACCCGACGAUAUCCAGCUGCCCACGUCCACAUUCCCCGCCGGUCCGGAAAACGUCUUCAUGGAGCAGCCUUUCAACGUCUUCCAGAAGGGGCCCGAGCAGCCGUACUCCCCGCCGGACCUGGUGGUCUCGGAGAUCAUGUACGAGAGCGGCGGGAGGAGCUCAGUGCCGAGGGAGGGUCCCGCAGGGCUGACUGUCGACGCGGAGUAGGGGCCAGAGUGGCGCGUAUUAUAGAAAUGCAUCUAAUCAUCUGCUCUGCGAAUCCGUUCAGAGGCGUGACGAC